AGAGGUUGCACUAGGCCUAGGAAGAUCAGAAUGUUCUCGAGCUCGACAUUGGUAUAAAGAAGGAGGUUGGACUUUUUGCAGUGUAAUACUGAUGUUGUGACACGGAACAGUGGGAGAAUAUUAAUUAUCAUCUAUGAAGUUCCAAGCUAGAUUUAUUGAUAUUUGGCUGUUAAAAUCUAUUGUUGGUGUUCUGUCGGAUAUCUAAGUCUUCAACAUUUCCAAGUUUGUGCUGUUGUGUACCUUGUCUUUAAUCUCGUUCAAAAUGUCAACAAGAAAGCUUGAACUAUCCAAAUAUGUCCGUAUGGCUCUAGAGAAUGAACUGAAGGAGACAACAAAAGCAAUCGAUGAAGAUGACAUCAAUGCAUUGUUAAAGACGGAUGGAAUUGCCCUCAGUCCAAGGGAGACAAUCAUUGGAUACCCAUCCUACCCACUGUGUAGAGAGAUAAGCAACAUGCUGCAACAAUGGAUGGAAAACAAAUAUUGUCCUGUUUCUGAUCUCCCAAAAUACGAACUCCUGGAUGAGCAGUCGUACACAGAGGCCAGAGAAGCUAACUUUAAAACCAUCACCCCCCUUCUGGUGGGCCUACAGAGUCUAUGGGAACUGUGGUCAGAUGAAGAAACCGCUUACAGAGUCAAGGAAAUACUUCUAAUUCUGGGUAAGAGAGGAAUGCUGGAUUUACUAGGGGUGAGGAAGACCGUGGGUACCAAGGAUCUGUGGCCCGUCAGUCGAGAACUCCUAGUCAAGUCAUUUACCGCAAAACACGGUCCAAAUUCAGAGAUUUCUGUGGGGGCAAGAGCACUCUCAAAGCACUUCCACCGGGACAGCUCAACGUCCUGGUGGGGAGGGUGCACAGGAAACAAUGCCACUUGGAUCAACAUCCACUGGUUACCACAUGACGUUUACAUCAUAGAAGCCAGGCAGGAAGAAGGCUACGGUGCUCGGUGGACCGCGGAUGGUUCGUCCUUCAGAGGUUUCCUGGAGCCACAGAUGGUGGAUGGACAUGCAGUUGGAUGGAAGCACUGAUUCAUUGUCAUGGCAACCAAGAGAUCAUGAGGAUCAGCAGUGUUAGUUUACCACGUCCCAGGCAAAACUUAACAAUCUGUCCAUUUUACAGUCCAAGGCAGCUGACUCUAAAGCUGCGUUAUGAACUAUUUGAUACAGAGGUUGUUAUUUUUUAGAUUGUGCUGUUUUUCUGAAAGAAAAUUCUCUCUUCAAGACAAAUUUAGUAAACAUGUACAUGUGUGUAGGUAUUUGCAUUGUAUUUGUUAACAAACUAAAUAAAACACUGACAGUACCCCAAGGGACAAAUCCUGCAUAUAGAGCACUGCAGACAAUGACCUUGACAGUGAGACAUGAACAGAUGCUGUACAUGUGCAAACAAAUGCAUGUAGCCUCAAACUUGACCUUGUUAUAUUUUAGUGUUGACCUUGAACAACCGCAGGGCAAGUUGGCUCAUGUGAGCAAUGUGGCCCAUGGGGCUCUUGUAUUUGCAUCCAUUGACUGUGAAGUAUGUGUAAAUGUAUGUUCUGUACCUUAUGAUAUAUGCAUGUUCCAAUAUGCACAAGAGGUUUGUUGUACUUUAUUUCAAUAAGCAUCCCAGGUUUUUCUAGAGAGGACAUGCAUCAAAGCUGUCAAAUUUAUCUGUAUUAGUGUAAGGUAUUUGCAUGAAGGAAAAGUGUGCAUUUGUGCAAAUUUGCCUGUGUAGAAAUCAAAGGCCAUGCAACAAAAGAAUAUGUUCAAGGAAUGUUGAAAGAAAAGGACCUUAAUUCAUCACCUGAAAUUUGAUAUUGUACAUCAAUAUAUUAUUGAAUCAAUUUAAAAUAAGAUUAGCAACUCAUGAUUUGAUCAUGAUGCCCUUCGCUGAAUGUCAGAAUAAUGAAUGUGUGUUUUGCAUAAGACUUUAAAAAUAAUUUUCUAACACCAAAAUGAUUCCAUUCUGUAUUUUCUUUGUGUGUCAGCCUCAGGUAGUUGAAAUUGUGCAAACAUCUUUCAAGAAAAUGGCCUCUUUUCCUUCAUUGAAAUGUGCCUGCCUGACACUUGUCUAUAAUUGUACUAUGGGGCCUACUUUAAAAUAUUGUUUGCAACCCACAACUUCAACAAAUGGCUAGACAGAUAACCAUAGAAAAAAAUAUUUAGCUAAAACUGAAGGUGAUGACAGUCAAUGAACAGACCACUUAAUUCUUAUAUGUUACAGUGGAUCUAAAAAGUCAUUCUAGACUAUCCAAUUCACUUUUCUGCAGACUUCUUAGCAAAGUAUGUGGACUCUGAACACUGGCAAACGAAACUUAGAUAAAUUUAACAUUGAACAAUAUCAUCACAAAACUCGCAUAUCAUUUCAGUAAAUUCUGGGGAAACUUCAAAAGAAUAAAACAGUUUUCACAGAGCAAUGCAAGUAGCAUUUGUGAGUUUAGACAUUUUAUCCCAGAUCAGUUGAAAAUGGCAUAAGCUAUAUUUUGAUGUGGGCCUUGUAUUCACUUAUUAAGCCAUGUUUAUCUUACUUCCUAUACAUAUAAUAAUUAUGGAGUACAAUUAGGAGAAAGGAUGGGUGUGUAGUCUUUGAUUGUAAUGGGCAGCUCUCUUGGGAAGAAUGGGUAUUGGGACUGAUACAGUAUCUAUGUAUUAGGAAUUUGUGAAGUUUUUUUUUUUAACUUUAUAGCUUUUAUGAAUUAAAUACAAUAUUGUGAAUA